AUUUUAAGAAUAUUAUUCCUUUUCUAAAUUCUUAGCGAACCAUACGGAUUAGAACCAAAGAUCGCUUUCUUUAUAGCCCAUUUUAUCUCUCUUUCUUCUUCUUCCUCUUUUUCCAAUCUCUCUCCUCAUUCCAGAUCAUUUCAAAAUAUUAUCAAUGAUCCAAGAUAUAUAUUCUUCUGCAUUUUUAUCAUCGAUUUCCUCGGUGAUAUUCCUGUCCAUCAAGAUUCAAGAUUAACCUCAUGAGAAGUAUCAAAGUUUGGUUGAUUGAACUAUAAGUUAUCCGUAGGAUUUAUCUUGUUUUUAAUCGGGAAAUUGGAGUGGUUUUAAGGAACUUUCCGAAAUUAGAUUGAAACAUUUUACGCAGAAAGCGAUUAGGGUUUGGUGUUUUAGCGUUCGAUUAGCAAGAAAGUUUUUGUCUUUUCUGGUUUAAGUGAUGUUCCACAAGAUACUUAACCGGCUUCCUAAAAAGCCACAGAAGUCAAACGAUAAUCGAGAUGGAGGAAACCAUAACACGUCUUCGCAUACAUCAACUAGUUCAAGAACCAACAAUGACGUGCCGAUUACUCGAUCCAGUACUUCGAACCAGACAUCUGGUCAAUCCCAAAUCGUUCAAAAUCACACCAACAAGAAGGUUCUUCAAUCUCAAAACUCGAAACUGAACGGGAUUUCCACGAUUCCCAACACAUAUGAGGCGUUACCUAGUUUGAAAGACGUUCCAACUUCCGAGAAGCAGAAUUUAUUCAUUCGAAAGUUGACUUUGUGUUGCGUCGUGUUUGACUUUACCGACCCCACCAAGAAUUUGAAGGAAAAAGAGAUCAAACGACAAACACUGACCGAGCUUGUUGAUUACGUCACUUCCGCAAACGGGAAAUUUCCUGAAAUCGUUAUGCAAGAAAUCGUGAAAAUGGUGUCUGUAAAUAUCUUUCGUAGGCUUACUCCGCAACCGCGCGAUAACAAAGUUCUAGAAACUUUCGACGGGGAAGAAGAAGAACCGUCGAUGGACCCCGCAUGGCCGCACUUACAGUUAGUCUAUGAAUUCAUUCUAAGAUUCGUAGCAUCACCGGAAACCGAUCCGAAACUUGCUAAACGUUACAUUGAUCACGCCUUUGUUUUAAAAUGGCUAGACUUAUUCGACUCAGAGGAUCGGCGAGAACGCGAAUAUUUGAAAUUCGUUCUUCAUCGAAUGUACGGAAAGUUCAUGGUGCACCGCCCGUUCAUCAGAAAAGCAAUCAACAACAUUUUUUUCCGUUUUGUUUUCGAAACCGAAAAGCAUAACGGGAUCGCUGAAUUGUUGGAGAUAUUGGGAAGUAUUAUUAACGGAUUUGCGUUACCGUUGAAAGAAGAACAUAAGCUGUUUCUUGUGAGGGCUUUGAUACCGCUUCAUAAGCCAAAAUGCAUACCGAUGUAUCACCAACAAAUAUCGUAUUGUAUUACACAAUUUGUGGAAAAAGAUUGCAAACUUGCGGAUACGGUUAUUAGGGGUUUGUUGAAAUAUUGGCCGAUCACAAACAGUUCGAAAGAGGUUAUGUUUUUAAGUGAGCUUGAAGAAGUUUUGGAAGCAACUCAGCUUCCUGAGUUUCAAAGAUGUAUGGUGCCGCUAUUUCACCAAAUUGCGCGUUGCUUGAGCAGUUCACACUUUCAGGUGGCCGAGAGAGCAUUAUUCCUAUGGAACAAUGAUCAUAUAGACAACUUAAUAAAACAGAACCGAAAGGUGAUCCUACCGAUCAUAUUUCCAGCACUAGAAAGCAACACAAAGACACAUUGGAACCAAGUGGUACUAAGUUUGACUUUGAACGUCAGAAAGAUCUUUUCGGACGUUGACCCUCAACUGUUUGAAGAAUGCUCUAAAAAGUUCAAAGAAGACGAGCUUAAGAAGGAAGAAAGCAAGCUAAGACGAGACGCCAUAUGGAAACGGCUUGAACUAGCAGCUCAGGGUCAUGAACAGGUCAUGUCUCAGAAGCUAAUCGCAAACCAUGUUUCAGCGUCUGGCUAGCUAGACACACGCGCGUGCAUUUUGGAAAUCGGUUAUUGGGUUUUUGUUGUUACUUUAGGUUGUUAUGAGAUUCGUGAGGAUGAAGGAAUGGAACUUGUUCUUGGUGGUGGUGAUUUGAAUGCCGUGGAUUUGUGUAUAUACGGUUCAGGCCGAUUUGGAAUUGGUUGUUUUUUAGAUGAUUUGUAAUUUUGGUAUGUUGUUUUCUUGGAUUUUGAAUCUGUAUUAAUCUCAUUACUUCAAAAUAUAAUUCAUGUACUUUUCGCUCAAUAUGGACUUAUUUUGUUUCG